AGUAAAUUCUGGUUUAAAGUUUUGUUGACGUUUUUGCUCGAACGCAGCCCAAGAUGGCGGUUGGUUUAAUCCUCGUGUUAAUUUCAAUUAGUUCUGUUUUUUGUAGUGAUGUUUUAGAAUUAACAGAUUCAACAUUUAAAGCUGGAAUAGAAAAUGAAGAAAUAAUUUUGGUUGAAUUUUAUGCUCCUUGGUGUGGGCAUUGCAAAAGAUUAGCACCAGAAUAUGAAAUUGCUGCUACUGCUCUUCUCAAAAAUGAUCCCCCUGUUAAAUUAGCAAAGGUUGAUUGUGUUGGAGAAGGAAAAGAAAGCUGUAGCAAGUAUGGUGUUAGUGGUUAUCCUACGUUAAAAAUCUUUCGAAAUGGUGGUUUUUCACAAGAAUAUGAUGGUCCACGUGAAUCUGCUGGAAUUAUUUCUUACAUGAAGAAGAAUUCUGGACCUUCCUCAGUACUAUUGAGAGAUUUUGAGCAUCUACAGCUAAAGUUGUCAGAUGCAGCUGAUGUAACUAUUGUUGGUUUUUUCGCCAGUGAAGAUCAUAAAUUUAAAAGUUUUAUGAAAGCAGCUGAUCAAAAAAGAACUGAUUUUAACUUUGCACACUCAUUAAGUAAUGAAAUCAAUAAACAAGCAGGACAUAUAGAUGAGUUAGUGCUUUACCGCCCAAAGCAUUUACAUGCCAACUUUGAAAAGGCUGAAGAAACACUAAAUACUUAUUUAGAUACUUCUAACAUUAUUAAAUUUAUAACAGAAAAGGCCAAUGGAAUUGUGGGUCAAAUUAAACCUGAAACAGAAGAUAAGUUCCCAAGGCCAUUAGUUGUUGUGUAUUAUGAUGUAGACUGGAAGAAAAAUCCUAAAGGUUCUAAAUACUGGAGAAAUCGUGUGGCUAGAGUGGCCAAGAAGUUUGUAAAUGAAAUUAAUUUUGCUAUUGGUGCUCGAGCGGAUUACACAAAACAACUUACUGAUUUAGGAUUUGAUACUGUUGAAUCAAAUCUUGAUCCCAAUGCUGUGGCAUUUGAUGUAAAAGGUUCUAAGUUUAAGAUGACAACAGAUUUUAGUGUUGAAAAUCUUGAAAAGUUUACAAAUGAGUUCAAGAAUGAAGAAUUAAAACCAUAUAUUAAGUCUGAGCCUUUACCUGUUGAUAACAAUGGUCCAGUUAAAAUUGUUGUGGGAGAGAAUUUCAAUGAGAUUGUUAAUGAUCCAACUAAAGAUGUGCUUAUAGAGUUUUAUGCUCCAUGGUGUGGUCAUUGUAAAUCUCUUGAACCUAAGUACAAGGAACUUGGUGAAAAGUUAGCUGGUGUUAAAGAUAUUGUUAUUGCAAAAAUGGAUGCUACUGCAAAUGAUGUACCACCUCCUUACGAAGUCAGUGGAUUCCCCACUAUCUACUGGGCACCAGCUGGAAAUAAACAGAGUCCCAAGAAGUACAAUUCUGCACGCGAAGUAGACAGCUUUAUUGAAUUUAUAAAAACAGAAGCAACUAAACCUUUUAAAUUACCUGACUCAAAGUCCAAAAAGAAAACAAAAAAAGAACUUUAAACUAAUUUUAGUUAUGUUUCUAUUUUAUGUAAUAUCUAGCUGUUCGUUUAAAUUAAUAAAUCAUAGUUUUUUA